AUGCUCUUCGAAUUGUAAAUAUGCACAGAGCAACCAUGGUGAAAAGACGGCUGCAAGCAAGGCUACUUCGUUCUGUCGUGUUUACUCUAAAAUUCAAAGGUUUUAAGCGAAAAAAUUUCCUAUGUUUAUUAACAGCUGGUAUUGUUAUAGCAUUUCAAGUCGUGAUCGUCAGUCGGGUAUUGCUGGCAAAAUCUUUUUCAAGAAAAUCAAGACCUGUUAUGGUAAAUUCUACGCUCGACGUUCAUCGAACGAGGGAUCAUCAAAGUAAUUUUUCAUUUACACCUUCAGUGCCAGCUAUGACAAAGCCUUCUAAAUUUUACUCGCACCAUAACUUGAAACAUUUUCUUCGGAAGCAGAAAGAUCGACGUAUCGGUCGAAUGAAAAUAAAGCGAAAUCAAAAUGGCAUUGUAAAUGUUACAAGAAUCAACAGUGAAAAUGGAAUUUUGAAUUCCACCGUUCCUCCAACCUUGGAUUAUCGCAUUCUGCACGAAUAUUAUCCACCCGUGAAUUUCAGUGUUGUGAUUCCUCAUGUAGUGCCGAAAUUCGAUGAUAAAGAAAUAUUUUUGCUCGUUUUGGUGUCUUCUGCGACGGCAAAGGAGCCCAACGCUGAGCGACGACAGGCCAUUCGAAAAACAUGGGGAAACAUGAAAACUUCUUUAGGGAUACUUAGUUACAGCUCGUCUGUCAAGCAUGGAUUUCCUUUUAAGGCCAUCGUUAACCAUUCAUUUAGACUGGUAUUCCUCUUGGGGAAAAGUGACAAUCAAACAUUGAAUGAAGAGAUUGAAGAGGAAGCAAGGACCUACAACGAUAUGGUGGUUGGAAAUUUUCCUGAUGUUUAUAAUAAUUUGAUAAUCAAAGUAUAUAUGGGCUUUAAAUGGGCUGAAAACAUCAAGACUAAAUUUAUCCUCAAAGGUGAUGAUGAUACUUAUGUUUGUCUGCCUCGCCUGAUGAUGGUGUUGAAUCAAGCCCCGGCUCGUUUCUUUGGGGGGUAUGUCAUGGCUAAUGCAGUAGUAUUUCGCGAAGUGUCAAAUAAGCAUGCUAUUAGUAAAAUGUACUUCAGUGAAGAUUAUUAUCCCCCUUACUGUGGUGGACCGUUUUACAUCUUUACUCACAACCUCAUACCCCAGUUUCUAAGUCUGACUGACAAAUUCAGACCUUUUCAUGUGGAAGAUGCAUAUCUGGGAAUUCUAUUGAGGGAAAUGGGAGUACAACCUUUAUUCAUGCCUGGAUUCCUUUUGAAUAACUGGAUGAUCGAAACCUUGCCGAACUUUAGUCCUUGUGAUUGGGCCACUGCCAUUGCUAUUGGACAUAAAUUCAACAGCAGCGAAAUUGAGUAUAUACAUGCUCAGCUUCCUUUACAUGAGCCCUCGAGGCUCACAGCAAGGGAAUGGCAUGUGUGCAGAAGGAAGACGGGAGCAGUGGUCUCCGACAACAUGCUCCCAACUAUUUAUGGAAUACUCUUUUCUCUGGCUAUGAUCCUGGUCUAUGUAACUGCUGCUUUCUUGCCCAGUCAGUAUGAAUAUGAAGAGGAAAAAUUUAUUUUCAAAAGACAGAGAAGACAUUAUUAUCCAUUUAUUCAUCGCUCUACACGAUAAUCCCAAGAGAAUAUAUUUAUUUACUUGAUGAUUAUGAAUGUUUCUGAAAGACUUACAGCUGAUCUGAGAUCAUGACGUAGACGUCACUGCUAAACUGAGGUGUUGUGAAGUCUGCGAAAAAUGACCAGCAAAAAUUAAAAAACUGUCAAACAUUGCAAUAAAAAUAUAAAACCUUUAGCUUUUUUUAUUUGGUGGCCUGGAAUUCCAUAGUUUCAAGAGGAAAAGUGACACUUCAGUUUUGCAAAUUUCCUCAAUUCUGAUUGGCUAACAUUUUCUCUGAGAUCAGCUGGUUCCUUAUUGAUUUUAUUAUGCUAUUUUUUCGUGUUUCUGUGUCAUCAAUAGCUUGAGGGCAGUACAUUUUGGCACAUUCAACAAAUUUACAUUCUCUUAAUUUUUGAUUGACAGAACCAAAAGACCAGAGUAGUUCUUCAUCCACAAUUGGAAUUUAGGAAUUGAUUUUUGAGGAGGAAGGAAAUCUGGAGAACCCAGAGAAAAACCCUUGAAGCACAGGAGAGAACCAAAAAACAACCCCAUUUACAAACAACACCGAGCCUGGGAAUCAAACUAAGGGUUGCAUUGGUAAGAGGCAAGCACUCUCACUUCUACUCCACCCAUGCUUCCCAAAUUUAGGGUUACAGAAACAUGAAUAAGUGGCUUUAAUACUAUUUUUAGUGGAUAUCCCCCUCGGGGCAAAAAUUGUUUUCCUCUAAGGAAUGAGUAGAUGCAAAUAAUAACUCUAACUCCCUCAUACACACAGUGGAAGUAAAACCUUAUAUCAAUCGCAAAAAAAUGGAAACAAUUUCCUUAGGAAAUCUAAGAUUUUCCUCAAAGAGCAUUAAGCAAAUAAGAUUUUUUUUAUUGGUAGUAUAAGUAAGAGCAAAGCUAAGCCAGGAAGAAUAUAUAUUUUUUAAAUAUUAAUUUAUAUAGUCAGUGCUUUUGAAACAUUUGGUGUUGCUUGAAGUAGAAAUGGUUCAAAAACAUGAUACUCCAUAGGUUUUUGAGAAGAAUUUUGAAAUUCAUCUAAAAAAUCUUGGAAAUUUGAACAUCCUUUAAUUAGAUCUAAGAACAAAUUAGUGCAUAAUUGAUUUUUAUAUUACAAAUUGUAAUAUAUUCUAGAAGCUCAAAUUAUUUUGAAUUUCACGGAUAUGUGGUUGACACUCUAUAUCAUGAAUUUUAUAUAUCUUGUAAUAUUUUAAAAUCUCUUUAUUUUUUUCUUUUCUUUUUUUUCUUUUCUCUCUUUUAUUGUAGGGCACACUUAAUUUGGAGCCUCGCUCUGUUGUGUGUCCCUCACCAUGUUUUUUAGCUCCUUAAUGUUACUAUUAUUUAUCAUGGUGAAAGAUAUUAAAUAAAUAAAUAGUUA